UUCCGGUUCUCGAAUCAACAAGGAAGUCUCACCUAUAAAUGAGAAACGACGUAACCUUUCCUCCGUCUCCCCACCGUAAACCCCUCAGAUUUCACCGGUUUUCCCCCUCAGACGGUCACCGGUAACUGAGCAGUCGUCAUGGCGAUGUCCUUGUUCCAGAAGGUGACCCUUGCGACGUGUCUCGUGCUGUGCGUCGGGCUGCUGCUGCCCAAAAUACUGCUGUCUCGCGGGAGGAAGGAUGCUGCGGAGCGGCCGGACGGUGUGGGUAACUUUCCUCCAAAGAUAAAGGCGGCCCCUGAGGGUCGGAGUCAGAGGGCGGCGACCACUGGCUUCUCCAGAGCUCACAACACAGAGGCCAUUGCCCGGGCCAAGGGGGCAGGACCUGGAGCCGGGAUGGGGGGCAAGUCCAACCUGGCGGGACAGAUCAUCCCCGUUUACGGCUUCGGGAUCUUACUCUACAUCCUCUACAUCCUGUUCAAGAUCACAUCUAAGGGCAACAACAACAAGCCGUCAGAGAGCCGGUUCCCUUCAGUUCGGUCAGAGAACAUGAAGAGGAAAAUCUCCGACUUUGAGUUGUCGCAGCUGCAGGACAAACUGAGGGAGACGGAGAUGGUGAUGGAGAACAUCGUCUCCUACGCCAACCACAGCUCUGACAGGUGGUGGCGGGGGGUGACGGCGGAUCAGGAGGAGAGUCUCCUGCAGCAGCUGACGGAGAUCACUCGGGUGAUGCAGGAGGGCCAGCUGGUGGAGGAGAUGACACCAGAGAAGAAGAACCAGGAGGACUGGGAAGAUUACCCCGAGGAGCCUCAGCAGCAGUGGGAACAACACUCACACUGCCCAUGUAAGCAGCACCAGACUGAGGCAGAAGCUGAGAGGACACAAGCUGAUGGAGCCGACUUGGAAACCCUUCCUGAGGACGUAAAAGAUGGAGCAGAGGAUCUGAACACGGAGAGAGAUCCAACAGCUGUUAGAGGAGAGGAGGUGGAGCUACAGAGGGAGGACGUAUGCGAACACAAGCAGGGUGUGGGACAGAUCGAUCUGGGCGUCCCGGAGGAAGAGCUGUGCGGAGUGCUGGAGGAGCUGGAGCUCACACUGAAGGUGACGACGCUGAUGGAGCAGGAGAAGAUGGAGGACCUCAGCAGGACGACGGAGACGGAGACUUCCUGCAGCAACGUCAGGCGGAGGAACAAGAAGAGGAGAGCCAAGAAAGCCUCACACUGAGAGCUUCUUCUUUAAAACUGUUCUGUGCUCCACCCUAUUUACUUGAACAUGAGAGAUCAUGUGUAUGCAGGGCAGCUUUUACCGGCUAGAAAAGUAGAGUUAAACGUCUUAAAACAUGUCGAAAACGUUCAUAUUUAUUAAGAAAAAACAGGGACCUAAUUCAGAUAAGGGUCAUGGCAGAUACAAUCAUACCAGUAUGCAUAAUGGAGACAUGUAUGACGUUUUAAAUGGUUAAGAUGCUUCCAGGUCACGACUUGUGUUUGAAAGUAGGUAGACACCCCAAAGACAGUAGUCAUUUCCAUAAGGAGUUACUCCUCAUAUUUAUUUGUUGCGCAAUACUCAACAUUUUAUCCUUUAGAAAUACUGGAUGUUAUUUAUAGAGUUGGUUUUAAAAUGUAUUACACAUGACCUGCUUGUUCAGUAUUUUGCAAAGAGAGGAAACAGCUGACGUUACUUUAGCUUACUGGGGUCUUCGUGCCUUUUCUUAUCUAAAACAACCUUCCUGUUACCUUUCAGUCCGAGAGGUACAUUUCUAGAGCACGGCCGUGGAUCCUUUUUCCACCCUCAGUGCGUGGGGACUAAAUAACAGGACGUAAUUAACUCCCUUCUGUCUUCCCGUCAGCGUCUGUGAUGGACAAAUCUUGUCUUCUGUACCGAAAAUAUUUUAAGCUUUUUAAAGAAACGUACCGUGUUGUGUCUGAAUUAUUUAAAGAUUUUUACUUUUGUAAACUAAACUUGUGUAUUAAUUGUUAAGAAAAGCACCUCGAGAUGAAGAGAUUCAAAUACUGUGAGCGAUUGAAAUAAAAUGUUCUUAAAUCUU